GUUCAUAGUAAGCCUACAGCCCUAAUUGGCGUGCCAAAUGCUAACCAAACACCAAAAUCACUGUUUGGAUUUCGAGUUGAUGUGUUACUAACAACAUUAGUUGCACCCCAAGGCGUAGAUAAUGUCAUAUCCGGAACACUGUUUCAUCUUCACCGUCUCUGCCGGACUGAAAUAACACUGCCACUGCUACAGCUUCAGCUUCAUCUUCUACCUCAAAGAACACAAGAGGUAAAGAAGUUUUCUUCUUUUCCUCACAACUCCAACACAUUUUUAUAUUUGUUCAUCCUAGUUAAUACUACUACUAUGAAAUUUCAUUGUACACUCAAAAUGAUCUCAAAAACACUGUUAAACCCUCACACCAAGUCUUAUACACAUAUCCCUUCUGAUAUUUAUGCUCUCAAUGUUUACUUCAAGUUCAAGUUCUUUUCUUCAAUGCCAGCUCUUACUUCUUCACACACUGACAUAGAAACCCAAUUAAGGUCCCUCUGUGAAAAACCCAAUUCUCAAUUCUCUGAGGCUGUUUCACUCUUUCACCGUGCUGUUGAUUCUAGCCUACUGCCUUCUGGGUCAACCUGCAAUUUCCUUAUUGAUGCCCUUACAAAGUCGAAAAAUUUUGACUUGGCCUUUUUGGUUUAUAGUAAGAUGACCCAAGUUGGUAUUUCGCCGAGUUUUAUAUCUUUGAGUGGUUUAAUUGAAUGUUUUUUGAGUAUCCGUAAGCCUGAAUUUGCGAUUGGGGUAUUGGGGUUAAUGGUGAAGCGUGGUUAUAGGGUUAAUGUGUUUGGUGUGAAUCUUAUAUUAAAGGGGUUGUGUCAAAAUAAUAAGGUUGGGAAGGCGAUGGUUUUGUUUCGUGAAGUGGGGAGAAAUUGCGUAUCGCUGGAUAUUUUUAGUUACAAUGUCAUUAUAAAUGGACUUUGCAAGGCGAAGAAAUUGAAAGAGGCGGUACAUUUGUUUGUUGAGAUGGAGGCGGUGGGUUGUCACCCGAAUUUGGUGACAUACACAACAUUGGUGGAUUGUCUUUGUAAGGAUGGUAGAGCUGAUGAGGCGGUGGGUUUGUUGGAGGAGAUGAAAAAGAAAGGUUUGGAUGCAGACGUUGUUUUGUAUAGUGCACUUAUAAGUGGCCUUUGUAAUGAAGGGAGUUUUGAUAGAGGGAAAGAGCUUUUUGAUGAGAUGUUGGCAAAGGGAAUUUUUCCCAAUGUAAUUACCUAUACUUGUUUGAUGCAUUGCCUUUGUAAGAUGGGGCGAUGGAAAGAAGCCAUUGCAAUGCUGAAUGACAUGACAGAACAUGGAAUUCGCCCAGAUGUUGUUACUUAUACAGGGCUAAUUGAUGGGCUUUGCAAAGAUGGGAGAGCUACACAAGCCAUGGAUUUGUUGGAUUUGAUGCUUAAGAAGGGUGUAGAGCCUAAUACUGUAACAUAUAAUGUUAUGAUUAAUGGACUAUGCAAGGAGGGCGGGGUUGGAGAUGCUUUUAAGAUACUGGAAAUGAUGACUAAGAAGGGGAAGAAGCCAGAUGUGGUUACUUACAAUACAUUGCUGGUAGGUCUUUGUGCUGAUGGGCAGGUUGAUGAGGCAAUGAAACUUUUGAAGUUGAUGUUGAAGGAUGAGAACUUUGUUGAACCAGAUGUUACGAUAUUUAACUCAUUAAUCCAAGGAUUCUAUAAGGAAGGCUUCCUUGAUGGGGCUGUGGAGGUCUAUCAUAUGAUGGUAGAAAGGGGGAUCUCAGGUAGCAUUGUAACUUAUAAUUUCUUGAUUGGGGUUUAUCUGAAGGCAGGAAUAGUUGACGACGCCUUGGAACUCUGGAAACAUGCACUGAACUUGGGAUUUGCUCCAAACUCGACUACCUAUAGUAUUAUGAUUAAUGGGUUCUGCAAAAUGCAUAUGCUUAGUUUUGCUAAAGGACUUUUUAGUAAAAUGAAAGCUUGUGGGCUUAGUCCUAUGGUGAUUGAUUACAAUACACUGAUGGCAUCCUUGUGCAAGGAAGGUAGUUUGGGGCAAGCUAGGGUGCUGUUUCAAGAACUGAGAAAUGCAACUCAGGGACCAGAUGUUGUAUCAUUUACUACAAUAAUUGAUGGAGCUCUCAAAGCAGGAGAUUUCCAAUCUGCCAAGGAAUUGCUAAUGGACAUGCUUGGAAUGGGUUUAGCUCCUGAUUAUGUGACCUUUUCCUCAUUGAUAAGUAGAUUGUCAAAACUUGGUCAAUUGGAUGAGGCUAAAAGUGUUUUUGAGAAAAUGAUAGCUAGCGGUUUUACACCAGACACCUUUGUAUAUGAUUCUUUACUAAAGGGCUUAGCCUCAAAGGGAAAAACCAAGGAAAUCAUUGACUUACUUCGUCAAAUGGCAGAUGAAGGUGUUGUUCUUGACUCAGAAAUCAUUUCUACCAUCUUGACAUGCCUUUGUGAUAUGUCAGAAGAUCUUAAUGUUAUGGAGAUUCUGCCGAAUUUUUCCUCAGAAGCAUCAAAAGAAGCAAGCAUUUCAUGUGAUAAGCUUUUAUCAAAACUGAAUAAGGCUCACCCAGAACUUAAGUUAUGUGCUGCAUGAUAUUCUCCAUCUCAAGACAGGUUUGCUGAUGCCAAAAUAGAUCUCCAAAAAUGCUCUAUUAAGGUCUUAGAGCUCUGAGAAGGUUCAGUUGUGCUGUAGUGAGAACUUUGGUUCUGAACAAGAAAUAACUUGGUAUCCUCUUCAUAUCUGAGUGUUGUGCAUUGGAAGGUUCUAAAUGAGGUUUAGCACUUCAGUUCAACAGAUAAAAAAAUACCAUACUUCAAUCCAGGAUUUGCAUGCAGAGUUGCUAAAACUAAGGGUAAGAAGGAAGAAUGAGGCAGUAAACACCAAUGUUUAAAAUCAGAUUUCUGACCAAUAUAUAUAGCCAACUGAGAGAGAGACAACUUUUAUUGUGGUUGGAACAUAAUGCACUACUGAAAGAUGGAAUUUUGAGUAGAUUCUUAUCCAUAUGAAGCAUUAAAGAUGAGAUAUCAAGAAUCUCAAAUGCAGUUUCCAUAGCAGGAAGACAGCUUACUGAAUAUCAGGCUGCAAAGUUUCAAGGUGAGGUUCUCAACAUAAAACAGGAGAACAACAAGGUUUCCAAAUUAACUACAAGCAAGCCUCAAUUUUGUGAGAGUACUGAAGGUUGACAUUGCAAAGAUACUAGUGCAAUCAGAUGAGGCACUUAGAAUUUCAGUGUCAAGUAAACUCUUAACAAGUCAGGCUUGAAUUCUCUUGUGUUUCUUUACCAUUGGGGGCUAAGUUGAAGAAGUGCAAAGCCAAUAAUAUUCUCAUGUGUGGAUCCGGCAUUGCAAAAACAAUACAGCAAUCUAGCAGCUGGAAUAUGUAGAUUAGACUUUCUGGUCUUGUUUUGCAUUAUGUUAUUUAUUUUUUGUGUUUCAGAAAUUAUUGGUUGGAAUCUUUCUUGAUUCUGAUAGUACUUUUGUUGAUACAAAUUAGAGGUUAUUGUUGCUCUUGUCAUUUUGGUGU